AUGGAUUCCCACGAUGCAGCAGACCUCGUGAACCCGCUCCACCCGUCGGUGGUCGGUCUGGUGGAUCCAACCUACGCUGAAAUCUACACUCAAUACCAGGCUCCCAAACUCCGAGCGGACCAAGUACCAUACGAGGAGUAUAUCAAGGACCCGCAGAAGUACACCUUUCCCACCCACGAGGUCGCCAGCACGUCCCCGGAGGUAGCCAGCAACGAGAUCUAUCCAGUCACUGUCUGGAGUCCACCAGGCAAGAUCCAGGUGCAAGUGUAUGUGCCCACGCCAGACGCUAUAGCCAGCGGCGGCCUCAAGAAUGACGAUGGGCUACCGACGCUGGUCAACUUCCACGGCGGCGGGUUCGUGCUCGGAGGCUUGAAGGACGACGAAGUUCUCUGCCGGCAACUAUGCCAAAGAGUGGGCUGUAUCGUGGUCAACGUCGACUACCGCACAGCCCCUGAUUACCCGCAUCCGACGCCCGUCUUGGACAGCUGGGAAGCGCUGCAAUGGGUCUUCAAGUGGGCCGAGAAGUACAACAUCGACCCAUGGAGGGUCGCGGUGAGCGGACUGUCUGCUGGUGGAUGUAUCGCGGCUGUGCUGUCCAUACUUGCCCGAGACAAGCCCACGCGGCCGCUGGUUCUCCAGCUGCUCAUGGUGCCUCUGGUCGACGCGCGUUUCGUCCCCCCGUCGGUCUCGUGGGGGCCGAAUCCGUACCAUAGUUACGUCCGUCUGGAACACGCUCCAAUGCUGCCUCUGGUGAGGCUGAGCUGGUUCUACAAUCUAUGGCUGGGAACGGACGAGGGCCGAGAGGAGAAGGUAAAGGACUUCCGCGCUUCCCCUAUUCUGGCCGAAUCGCACGCCAACCUGGCGCCGGCGUCUAUACGUUGUGCGGGCGUUGACCCGUUGGUCGCGGAAGGGAUUGCAUACUACGACAAGCUGAAGGCGGCUGGCACACAGAGCAAGAUCAAGGUCUAUAAAGGACAGGGGCAUACGCUACCGCAUUGGGACGGUGCGAACCCUGCUUCCAAGGUGUUUGUCGAGGACUGUAUUGGAGACUUGAAGGGGGCAUUUUCCGAGAAGAAGAUCGAAGCAUGGGAUGACGGAGAGCUUGGGGACACGAUGAAGUUGCUUAGUGAAUAG